AUGGUGCAUCAGCUGAUUUUGCUCUGCAUGCUGUCACCGGCAAUUUUCGGCCAGCUACAUAAAACGAAGGAUCCUAAUGAUGAACCAUUUUUACCAAUACAUCCCGUCUACCCUUACAGCCCUAAACUAAUUAAACGAGGCAUCGAGACAGAAUCAACUUCGCAAUUAACGCCGGAGUUGUACGCGCCGAAAGUCGACGCUAAGGAUUCUUACAGUUCCAGUUAUAGUAAUAAUGAUCAAAGAGAUUCCUCUUACGAUUCGUAUCCCAAAAAUAACUCCCCUACGUCCGUGUAUCCUCCGUAUUCUAACAAUGCGUAUACUUACACCAAUAUACCUUACGUCUUUUAUAAUCCCUAUUCUACGCAGUACGCGGUGAAUCCAGCGUCAUAUUCAUCCCCAUCGUACCCGAAUUAUUAUUACCAGCCGUCCUAUUACUAUCCUCAUUAUUUCAAUCACGCUUCUCUUUCGCCGUCGCCAUCGUCGUUGUCAGGUGUCGACUAUCGAGAGACGACAUCGCAAGAUUCCACGGAGGCGGCGGAGACCGACAAGCAGAACAAGGACAAGCAAGGCGUACAACCGAAGGAGAAUGAGACAAAUCAGGACGCGUCGACGAGCCAAUUCGUGGACGGCGGAAACUACAUAUCCGGCAACUUGAGAGAUCUCGACGGGCAAUCUAGCACGUAUAAGAUAGCCAGUCCGUAUAAUCAACUCGAUGGCCAAGCGAAGGGCCUGCCGAUUCCCUUGCCGAGAACGACGUACAGAGUAAUCAGCGUAGGGGGACAGCCAGUCGGCCCGGAUUACCCGUUGCCGGAGUCGUACGUCAAAGUUCAGCAGAUGGAACUGAUGAGUCAAACAUUGGCCAACUUAUUGGCGCAGAAACAAGCCGAUCAGUCUUACGAGAACAAUAGGGACGUCUUAAGCAGUGUCAACGAUGGAUCGUACGCGAACCAGGACGUUUAUAGUCAAACCACGCCGUCAUACAUGAGUCUUUUGGGCCCGAGAACUAAAACUGGUGUGACUUAUGUGAUAAAUGUCGAUGGUACCGCCAAAACCAACGGGGGACACACGAAUCUUCGCGAUUCUGCGCUUCAGAAGACCUCAAAUAAGGAUACGAGAUACUCGAGCGUUCGUUAUGUUCAAAGACCGAUGUUGCAGACGUACACGUCAUCUGAUAUUCGCGGCAAGCAUCGCGAUCAUGUGAUCAAUGGUCGACCAACAAAACAAAGAGACGAAUACAGUAAUUAUGGUAGCAUCUACGGUCAGUCCAGUAAUAAACAGGAGCAGAGUUACAGAAAUUAUCAGAAUCCAUCGAGCUCUUAUCAGAAUAAAGAUUUUGCUGUCACAUCUCAAACGCCCCGAGUUUAUAAUUACGAGUACUCUGCUUACGAAUCAGGUCAGACGCAGCAGACACAAGAUAAGAUCAGUCCGAAUAAUGGCAAUUUUGGAGCUAAAAAAAUACAGUAA